GGUAAAGAAAAGGACGGAGGAAAGAAAAAGGACGGAGAAAAGAAAAAGGACGGAGAAAAGAAAAAGGUCGGAGAAAAGGCGCGUUUGCUAGGUAAUGAAGAUGGAGGAAAUGAAUAUAACACAAUGAACUCCGACGCGUCGGUAAGUUGAAACAUACUAAAUUUUAUAAUACUAUACACUCUUCUAUUAUUAAAUUAGGACAGAGAGCUGUUCCUGAAGUAUGUAAACUGCGUUGUAUAACUUUAGUUUUAUCAAGCUAAUAGCAAUAUUUUUCUGCUGUUUCACUUGACUCCAAUCAUGUUGGGGACAAUUUUCUAAAUUUCAUUCGGUGAUACCGUAAACCUCUGAAUAUUAGCCCCCGAAAUAUAAUAACCCCCUGUAUAAGCCCACCAUAUUCACUAACGCUCAUUCGAAUAUAAGCUCCCCCCCAUAUGCCCAUGCGCUUAUUAUUGGACAGGUAUUUAUUCACGCAGCGACGGACCGGUGAUUCCAACAGCUCAUGAUCACACUAGUGACGUUACAGUAUUAUAACAUGUUAACCAAUUUGUUUUAGUAUGUGUUACAAAACUGUGUGUUUAUAUUUCUUUUCGUUUACUGUGUACAGUUUACAGGUACAAUAAACAUUAUUACUAACUUAAGAAACUCAUUCAUAAUUGACGAGGAUAAGGCCUGUUUUAUACGUCGAAUUUUGGUCGCGUCGAAUGCAAUUAAGACAAUAGAUUAAUGAGAUUAUAAACCUUCAUUAUCUAUUGUUUGAAUUGCAUUCGGCGCGACCGAAAUUCGACGUAUAAAACAGGCCUAAGACAAAGGAAAUCACUGCCGUGUCGAUGGUUAAUGUGAUAAAAAAUCAUGUUCAUUUACAUAAAAUUCAGCUUCGAUUUUCUCAGCUUAGACGUGUCAUUUUUAAAAUUACUUCGCCAAUGAACUCAUAAGAUGAGUCGUUCUUUAAGCCUUUUAAAACACUAGUCCGACGUGCUUUAUCAGAUAUAAAACACUCGACUGUCGCCUUGUAUUUUAUUUCUGAUAAAGCACUCCUGCUCGUGUUUUAAAUAGUACACCGUAUAUGAACCCCCACCAUAGAUAUCUUAUAUACACUAGAUAGCGCAUCUCUUUUAGUAAAAUUGAAGCCAAGAAUAUUCCAGCGGUUACCCCCAUUUGAAUUGAUGGCGGCCAUGUUGGUCGUUCCCACUUGCUAAUAAACGCUUAAAAACAACAAUAACUUUCAUCAUUUGAAUAGUUUAAAAAUGUAUUUGGAAUAGGGUUAACUUAAUGUUUAAGUUCCUUGUUUAAGAAAUAGAAAACAUACGAAUCUUCUCAUUUCAUGGGAACGACCUGGAGUGAGACAGCAAUCAUGGCUUCAAUUUUUGAAUUGCAGAAUAAUUAGAUGCACUAUCUAGUGUGUAUAAGAUAUCUAUGACCCCCACCCUGAAGGUUUAAGAUGACAUGAUACGAAAUUAAAAAUAAUAGAAUUUACAUGAAAUUAAUAAAAUUCACAUUAAAGAACCGUGAAAACUCUAAACUAAAAUGAUUUGGUGAUAGUUAGUCCGUUCGAUGUCUGUAUUUGUUUUCGAAAUUUUGGGCUGCAAGCAGGUUAGAUGAUAAUCUGGAAAAUCGGCUACCUAAGGGGAACUUCGUUUCCAGGCUCUUACCUUUUGUGGAGGAAAGACCUUGGUAGGACUGGUCACGCGAUCUGUUAAAGUCUAGCAGAUUUUUAGUUGAUGAUGAUGAUGUUGAUAAACAUUUCGUAUUUAUCCUUUAAGGUAAUUCCGCAGUACUUGUUCCCGAAAUGAGAAUGUGCUGAAACUUCCCAGGCAUGGAGUUUAUGAUAUACUUAAAGCAAAAUCACACAAAAAAGUCAGGGUCACCGAACUCGUAAAGAAGAUAUGACAAUCACAAUAUACCACCUUCACCCCCAAUAUGGCGCCAUCUUGACGCUCAUUACGAGUAACAGCAAACUCACAACAGCCCGAUAUUUAUUGACGUUUUUAGCGCGGAUUUUGCUUUAGUAAACCUAUCUUGUAAUUAUUUUUGAAAAAAUAUUGUGUUUUGAGCAAAAUGAAACUACUAAAGUGUAAAAUUCUGAUCCACAAAUGCCGGUCUUUUCCACAUUUCUUUAUAUAUCUUUCUUUGAGAACAUGCAUUGAUAAAGCAUUUUUUUUCAAGAUCCAGAAAUGAUUUUUCUUUUAAUUUCGGAUAUGAAAUGUAAAAUGCAUUAAAGAAAUAAAUUAUCAGUUAAAAAACGGGGGUCACCGAUCUUUUUAGAGAAUUGUGGCAUUAAAACGUGAAUACAAGUAAAUAAAUAUACUACAGACACAGGGAACCCUAGCUACAUUUUUGUAUGCCUUUUUUGAAAACAUUGAUUUUAACGUAAUUCUUUGCACGAAUGUAACCAAAGAUGUUUUGAAGUAACAUAAAAUUGUCAUAAAAUGAUAAUUUUUUUUAAACGGUACGUGUAAUGGAUGAAAUUAUAAGUUAUAUGUGCGCAGUAAAAGUGCGCAAUGCAAAACUGCGGAAUUACCUUAAUUUAUAACUUGCAUUUUGUUUUGCAAGUUUGAUUUGAUUUGAUUUCAAAGAAAUCCAAUUAAUUAUCAUAAUUAGAAAUCUGCUCCAGGGUCGUUCCUCCACAAGAGGCAAGAGCCUGGAAUUGCUGGAAACAAGGUUGGUCCUUGGGAUAUCAUUCUUGAUACUGAAUGCUGACAAACUUAUAAAAUUACGUCGCACUUUUCAUAAUGAGUGCUAAACUAUAAAAAAAUUUGUGUUCUGUCCAACUGUAUUAAAAUUAAGAAAAUGGCAAUUUCUGGAGAUGAAAUUAUGAAAUAAAUGCUAUUAGCUUGAUCUACGUUUGUAGAUGGGAUGUUUAUAGAUGGAAUUUUCGAACGAAUAUUUGCUUAGCUACAAUUUCAGACUUAACCAGGGGCAGACUAAAUGGCAGUUGCGAAAAGUGCAACUUUGGGCCCUCGUGCCCCUAGGGAUCGGCCCUGAGGCACGUUAAUUAAUCGUAAAAAGAGAUUUGAUACCAUACGAUCACAAAUCAUGGAUUAGAAAAUCAUCUGCGAUUACGUUUCAUAAUAAUCCCAUCAUGCACGCUUCACGCGAAGAGUUUUGACGCAUAUACAGCUUGACAUCUGAAUUAAAGUCUGAUGUAUAUUAAUGAAUAAUGUGAAAAGAAGUAAUCUAUUAACGUCGAUGGCUAAUUUUCUCGAUUAGUCUAAUGGUGUAGGGUAACCCUACCACUAGGGUUAUCCUUACCAAGAGGGUCAAAACAUGGCGAGUGUGUAUCUAUGCGUGGUCGCUAAGCCAGCUUUAUUUGAAAAUGGCGCCUAAACGGGAGGUUUUAGCGGCAAUUGUACAAUUUUAUGUCUUGCCCUAGCGCGUGUAAACAAAUACAAGAGACCAGGGAGGGUCGCCAUACUGUACCUUCAUGUAAACAGACCCUAAGUAUUCUUAAUGCUUAAACUCGUGUUUCUGUAAAAUAUAGGACAAUUCCAGAAGUGGUGUAACAAAUCCCAUUAUAACACAACGCCAAGAGCCGGUAAGCACUUUUCAAAUACUAAUGUGCAUCAUAAUAUUUUAGUUAGCCGAUGAAGAUCGAGGGAGUGUUAGAUAUUAUUGUUAUAGUAUAUCACUGUAAAUCUGGUAGUGUUACUCCAACACCAGAAUCGGCGUGAAUUCUUGCAGCUGUCUGGACACCAAUUUGGUGUUAACUUACACUAAAUUUGGUGUCAAUGUAACCCUCUCAGUGUUGGUGUAAAUCUACACAAUGAUUGUAAACUAACACCUCCAAAGGUCGUUUUACACUGCUUUGGUGUAAAGCAUCUUGCAACUGUGUGGACACCAACUUGGUGUUAAUGUCCAAAUUAUUCAACCCUCCAAAUUAUUAAAACACCUUCAAGUUUAGAUUAGUGUCAGAUAAAGAUUAGAUUAGGGUUAGAUUAAGAUUAUGUUAGGGUUAUAGGGCUCAACAUGUGUCGUGAAUUUAUUAUAUUGAUAAUUUCGGACGUUUUUGAUAAUUUACUCAGACAUAUAGUAAAUUCAAAGGUGGAGCUCAUGCCAUGUAUAUUCUGCGGUACAGGUUUCAUGAUAGAUAGAUGUUAGAUAGAUGUUUUAUUAAAACUACUUUGCAGCUGAAGCUGAAUUGCGUAGAUGUUUACGUAAUAUGUACAAGAAUGGUGUAGGUUAUAUAAAUAUUUACAAUUGGUGACAGGAUACAAGGUGCAAUUGACAUUAUUUACUAUUUAACAUAUGUGGUAUAAAAGUGUUCUUGAAACGCUUAGUACGUGCUAAAAGAGACCUAAAGGAACGUUUGUGUCUCAGAUUAUAUGUCUGCUUCUUCUUUGGGGGUAAAAGUUUAUAAAGUUUGUGAUCUGAGUUUGAUGUUAUCGAAUCAAACAGCUUCAAACAUAACAUUUGCCUUCGAUUGACUAAAGUUUCUAGCCCAGAAUACUCUAAGCAUUUAUUAUACUUUUCGCAUUUAAAUAUAAUUCCCAAUGAUCUUUGCUGGACACGUUCUAAAUCAUCUGCCAGAUACUGUGGUAGAGAGUGAUGGAAGACUGGCGCUGCAUAUUCCAAUACGGGCCUAAUACAAGUACAGUAAAAUUGCACAAUUUCUUUUUCUGGGACUUUUGCUCGUUUCAAUUGUACUAAGCAAUACAAACGUUUGUUCGCUUUCUUUAUGGUGUCUGUUCAGACUGAUUUGAAUAUUCAUAUUUCAUUUAUUAUGCGAAAUACGAACGCGUACGGGGUCCCGGGAUCCCGGGGAAAAGCCCCGAAGAUUCCCGGAUGA